CGCUCCAUGUUGCGGCGCUGCGUGGCACUGGGCACGGACUGGCUCUGACUGCACCACACACACACAUACACACACACACACUCACACACACACUCACACACACACACAUAGACACACGCACACACACGCAUGACUUUAGUUGUGAAUGGCUCCGACGCUUGGCACAUUAGGUGGCCGAGAAGUGGCUGUCAGUCCGGGCACUGCUACCUGCUGCAGACCGAGCUUGCGCCGCGUACACCCAUGGGUGUCGCUACUGUGACUGCCUUCUGCGUUUGGACUGCAUGUAGCGGCUUUGAUCGGUGCAGUUAUUUCCAGAGUCACUCGCUCAAGCUAUUUCGGAGCGGUUGGAAACGUGCAGACUGGUUGGGGUAAUUUGGAUUGAGGAGCCGCACGGAGCGCUGCAGCAGACACGGUACCGGAGCAGCAGACACGGUACCGGAGCAGCAGCAGCAGCAGCAGAGGAGGAGGCACGGAUGUGAUGCCAAAGCUGACCAGAAAAAACAAAGGUUGAAGUCUAGAAAAGAGAACUGUUGGGUGUCCCCUCUGGAGAGGGAUCUGGACUGUGAUUCAGCCUAGCGAAAUGUAGCGCCUCACUGCCCUCAAAGCCGGAUUUGGAGACCUGCCUGCUGUCUACUCAUGAUUUUUCUGUAGUCUAGUCCACGGCAUCUGCUGCAGUCAUGUUUAGGAACAGCUUGAAGAUGUUGCUGACGGGAGGGAAGGCCAACCGCAAGAGUCGCAGCAGUGAUGGUGGGAGCGAGGACUUGGCAGACCCCCGCUCGCCCAGUCUAGACCCUCACCUGAGCCACGUCGGCCAAGGUGGCAGCAUAGACAGUGACUGUGCCUUUGAAGGAGACUACGGCGUGCCCCCGCUCUCCAUGACUGAGGGCAUGCAGCACAUUCGCAUAAUGGAGGGCGUGUCACGCUCGCUGCCCUCCUCCCCGCUGCUCACCCACCAGACCAUCAGUGUCAGGCUCCAGCCCGUGAAGAAGCUCACAGCCCCUCUGCGGAAAGCAAAGUUUGUGGAGAGCCCUCGCAUUCCACAAUCAGAGCUUGGCUCCCCUACACACACCUCCACCACUGCCAAGAAUCCAGACCUGGACACAUACUGCCGUGGGGAGUCAAGCCAGGAGCUGGGCCCCCCUCCGUCGGUGGAUGAGGCAGCCAACACAUUGAUGACGCGCCUGGGUUUCCUUCUGGGAGACAAAGUGAGUGAGGGGCCGGCCGGUACCCAGUACAGCAUGGAGGAACCCGAGGCGAGACAGGGCCAGAACCAGAGGAUCAGCCCGUGCUCCACCCUGACCAGCAGCACUGCCUCACCCCCUGCAGGCAGCCCCUGCUCCACCCUCCCCCCUUCGAUGCCUGGCCAGGCCGGCAACAAGGACUGUGCCUACGGUUCUGUCACCAGUCCCACCUCAACCCUGGAGAGCAGGGACAGCGGGAUUAUCGCCACACUGACCAGCUAUUCUGAGAACAUGGAGCGAGGCGGCAAAUACGGCGAGGGCUCCCGGGGAAACCUGAAACUGUGGCAGUCCCAGAAAUCAGGCAUGGAUUCGUUCCUGUACAGGGUGGAUGAAAACAUGACCGCCUCCACCUACAGCCUCAACAAAAUCCCUGAGCGCAACCUGGAGAGCAUGUCCUCCCACUCUGCCCACUCCAUCCCUCUGUACCUCAUGCCCCGCCCUAAUUCUGUGGCUGCUACCAGUUCAGCCCACCUGGAGGACCUGGCAUACCUGGAUGAGCAGAGACACACUCCAUUACGCACCUCGCUGCGCAUGCCCAGACAGAGCACCACCUGUGGGCCGGGUCGCUCCGGGCCGGACCUGAGAGCUUCCGCUAAUAACACCCAUGCCUGGCAAUCCCAGUCACUGCGUUUUGCACCCUAUCGGCCUCAAGACAUCGCCCUCAAACCUCUGCUGUUUGAGGUGCCCAGCAUCACCAUGGACUCUGUCUUCACGGGUCGCGAGUGGCUCUUCCAGGAGAUCGAUGCCCAUCUCAACAGUCCCAAUGCCAGCACCAACCGUGGCGUGGCGGUAGUAGGCAACAUCGGCUUUGGCAAGACCGCGAUCAUAUCUCGCCUGGUGGCACUCAGCUGCCACGGCACCCGAAUGAGGCAGAUUGCCUCCGACAGCCCUCAGGCCUCACCCAAACAUGGAGAGGGGCUCCCUCUCACCCAGCCCCAGCCCACUCAUGGCACCCUGGGCGGAGGCAGCUGUCCCGGGACCCCUGAGAUGAGACGACGUCAGGAAGAAGCCAUGAGGAGGCUGGCAUCUCAGGUGGUGGCGUACCACUACUGCCAGGCAGAUAACGCCUACACCUGCUUGGUGCCGGAGUUUGUGCACAACGUGGCGGCUCUGCUGUGCCGCUCACCGCACCUCGUUGCCUACAGGGAGCAGCUGCUGAGGGAGCCACACCUACAGAGCAUCCUGAGUCUGCGCUCCUGCGUCCAGGACCCCCUGGCCUCCUUCAGGAGGGGGGUCCUAGAGCCCCUGGAUACACUUUACAAAGAGAGGAAGAUCAACUCUGAGGAGGACCUCAUCAUCCUCAUUGACGGUCUUAACGAGGCAGAGUUCCACAAGCCGGACUACGGAGACACCAUCGUGUCCUUCCUCACUAAAACCAUCAACAAGUUCCCUCCUUGGCUCAAACUGGUGGUCACAGUCAGAACCACGCUACAGGAGAUUACCAAUGCGCUGCCGUUCCACCGCAUCUCUCUGGACGGCCUGGAGGAGAAUGACGCCAUAGACCAGGACCUGCAGGGCUACAUCCUGCACCGCAUCCACAGCAGCCCGGAGAUUCAGAACAACAUCUCACUCAACGGCAAGAUGGACAACACCACCUUCGGCAAGCUCAGCGCCCACCUCAAAGCUCUGAGCCAGGGCUCCUACCUGUACCUCAAGCUCACCUUUGACCUCAUCGAGAAGGGCUACCUUGUUCUCAAAAGCUCCAGCUAUAAGGUGGUUCCAGUCAACCUGGCAGAGGUGUACCUGCUGCAGUGCAACAUGCGCUUCCCCACGCAGUCGUCGUUCGAGCGGGCGCUUCCUCUGCUCAACGUGGCCGUGGCCUCGCUUCACCCGCUGACCGAUGAGCAGAUAUAUCAGGCCAUCAACGCUGGUUCACUGCAGGGCACACUGGACUGGGAGGAUUUCCAGCAACGUGUAGACAACCUGUCAGUCUUCCUGGUGAAGAGGAGGGAUGGUACCAGGAUGUUUGUUCACCCCUCCUUCAGGGAGUGGCUGAUCUGGAGAGAAGAAGGAGAAAAGACAAAGUUCCUCUGCGAUCCGAGGAGCGGUCACACACUACUGGCCUUCUGGUUCUCUCGGCAGGAGAACAAACUGAACAGGCAGCAGACUAUUGAGCUGGGCCAUCACAUCCUCAAAGCACAUAUCUUCAAGGGUCUCAGCAAGAAAGUCGGGGUUUCCUCAUCUAUCUUGCAAGGCCUGUGGAUAUCCUACAGCACAGAGGGCCUUUCAGCUGCACUUUCUUCUCUCCGAAACCUCUACACUCCCAACAUCAAGGUGAGCCGGCUGCUGAUGCUGGGAGGUGCCAAUGUGAACUACCGUACGGAGGUGCUGAACAACGCCCCUGUCCUGUGUGUCCACUCCCACCUGGGCUACAUGGACAUGGUGGCUCUGCUGCUCGAGUACGGCGCAUCUGUCGACGCUCCGUCGGAGAGCGGCCUAACGCCGCUGGGCUACGCCGCAGCUGGGGGACACAUGGCCAUUGUGACUGCGCUUUGCCGCAGGAGAGCAAAGGUGGACCACCUGGAUAAGAACAGCCAGUGCGCUCUGGUUCAUGCAGCCCUGAGGGGCCACAUGGAAGUGGUGAAGUUCCUCAUCCAGUGUGACUGGGGCAUGGGGCCACAGCAGCAGCAGUCACCGCAAACCCAACAACAAGCGGCCUUUACCAAGAGCCACGCAGUCCAGCAGGCCCUCAUCGCUGCAGCCAGUAUGGGAUACACAGAGAUUGUGUCCUACCUGCUGGACCUGCCAGAGAAAGAUGAAGAGGAGGUGGAGCGGGCACAGAUCAAUAACUUUGACACCCUGUGGGGGGAGACAGCUCUGACUGCAGCCUCUGGUCGGGGGAAGCUGGAGGUUUGUCGUCUAUUACUGGAGCAGGGUGCUGCGGUGGCCCAGCCCAACAGAAGAGGCAUCGUCCCCCUGUUCAGCGCUGUCCGACAGGGACACUGGCAGAUUGUGGACCUACUCCUCACACAUGGCGCAGAUGUCAACCUGGCUGACAAGCAGGGGCGUACUCCUCUAAUGAUGGCGGCCUCAGAGGGACACCUGGGGACUGUUGAGUUCUUACUGGCUCAAGGAGCCUCUCUGUCUCUAAUGGAUAAGGAGGGUCUGACCGCUCUGAGCUGGGCCUGUCUGAAAGGCCAUUUACCUGUCGUCCGCUGCCUGGUGGAGAGCGGAGCCGCCACAGACCACGCAGACAAGAACGGACGCACGCCCCUCGACCUGGCUGCCUUCUACGGUGACUCUGAAGUGGUCCAGUUCUUGGUCGACCAUGGGGCCAUGAUAGAGCAUGUAGACUACAGCGGGAUGCGUCCUCUCGACAGGGCGGUGGGCUGCAGAAACACGUCGGUGGUGGUCGCCCUGCUCAAGAAAGGAGCCAAGAUAGGAUGUCAGACGCUGCCCAGUCGGCCCCGAGGUCCUGCCACAUGGGCAAUGGCCACCUCCAAACCCGACAUCAUGAUCAUCUUGCUCAGCAAACUCAUCGAGGAGGGGGACAGCUUCUACAAGAAGGGGAAGGUGAAGGAGGCAGCGCAGCGUUAUCAGUAUGCCCUCAAAAAGUUUCCACGCGAAGGCUUCAGCGAGGACCUCAAGACAUUCAGGGAACUCAAAGUAUCACUCUUCCUCAACCUGUCCCGAUGUCGGAGGAAAAUGAACGACUUUGGGAUGGCUGAGGAAUUUGCUACGAAGGCACUCGAACUGAAACCAAAAUCGUAUGAGGCAUAUUAUGCCAGGGCACGCGCCAAGCGUAGCAGCAGACAAUUUCCUGAAGCCUUAGAGGACCUGAAUGAAGCCAUAAAGCAGUGCCCCAACAACCGAGAGAUCCAGCGGCUGCUCCAGAGGGUGGAGGAGGAGUGUCACCAGCUCAACCAGGAGGAGCUCCAGCAGCAGGACCUGGAGCUGGAGCCUCCUCCCUCCCCUCCUCCUACGCCUCCCCCAGAUGAGGAUGAGUCCCUGUCCCUGUCCAUGCCUCUUCCCCCUCCCCCCGAGCCCCGUCUGGAGGACAUGGAGCCCGUUCAGGACCUGUUUGAGGAUGAGGACUACCUGGAGCAGGAGCUGGAGGCAAUGUCUGUGGGUCUGCCCCCUCCUGAGUCUCACAGCAAUCCUUCCAGCCUUCCCAUCAUCCAGAGCCCACCGCUCUCCCCCACCCAUCCAGAUCAGAUCUACUUAGCUGGAGGUUCACCCAUGGGCCAGCCGUACGAAUAUCACCCCACCUCCUCCUCCAUGUCCUCUCCAACCCGCGGGACAUACCAGCCCACAUCGCCCUCCCUCUCCCCGACACAUCAGAACUCGCAUUACCGACACAGCCCGCCUCAUACCUCCCCAGUGCACCAGCAGUCCUACAGCUUCAGCCCACCUUCUAUGGGUACUGGGGGUCAGGGGAUGGAUCACCAGAGCCCACCGCCUUCCCCUUUACGUCGGGCAGCUCAGUACAGAUCCAGUCCUCCAGUAGAGAGUGUUUGUCUGUACAGGUCCCAGUCUGGGUCACCUGUGCGCUACCAGACAGAGCAGCUCCCCGGCCGACCCAAAUCUCCCCUCUCUAAAAUGAGCAGCCAGCGUUCGUUCCAGCUGAGCUCACAGCCCUCUCUGUCCUCCCAGCACCACCAAGCCCAAGGCCUUCGUCUCCAGCCUUCUAUAGCCCAAAUAGUCCGCACAAAUCAGCCCAGUAAUGUCAUGGGCAACAGCAUUUAUGGGGGCCAGAUGGGGCACUCGAUUGGUGGUCGCUACCAAGGGGGUUCAGUAGACGUGGAGAGCCGGCUGGUAUACCAGCCGUCCCUGGAUGGACGGUCCAUGCCCCAGGUCCAGCCCAGCCUCAGUUCUGGGGCCCUCUGUCAGCACGGCGGCCGAGGAGGGGUUAUGGAGUCGGGCCUGUUGAAGGAUGAUCUACCCCAGCGCCCCUCCUCUGCCUACCGCGCCAGCAGCGGGGGCCCGGGGGGCAUCCGUUACAGCCAGACACCUCAGAUAAGCCGCAGUCAGUCAGCCGCCUACUACCCAGUCUCUGAACAUGUAUUGGAGCGCGCCAAUGCCAUGCCCCCCUGCCAGCUGGGCUCUCCCGAGAUCCCCCAUAUGGUGAGACGCCCCGUCAGUGCCAAUACUACUGAGAUGAAGCAGCAUGUGCCCACCCCCAGGCCUCUCAUCCAUUCUCAGAGCGUAGGCCUUCGAUUCUCCCCCUCAAGCAACAACAUCUCAACUGGAUCCACCUCAAAUUUGGCGCCGGGCUUCAGGCCUUCCUCUUCCAUUCAGCAGAUGGAGAUCCCCCUGCAAGCCACAUAUGAGCGAAGCUGUGAUGACAUCUCUCCCAUCUCUCCUUCCCAGGGUGGCGGGGGGCUGUAUCAGGGCGAGACCACACGCUCCCGGAACACACCUUUCAUGGGCAUCAUAGACAAGACGGCGCGGACUCAGCAGUACCUGCAUCAGCCCUCGCGGUCCAGGGCCAUGACGUCCAUGGACUCAGCCAUCAGCCCCACCUCACCUGGCCAGCUAGUCCAGCAAGGCUCCACCUACAGUCCCCCCGCCUCGCUGGGUAAUAUCGCCUACUAUAACAAGACAAACAACGCCCAAAAUGGACACCUGUUGGAGGAGGACUACUACUCCCAGACCCAGCCCCCCUCACUGGGCAUGCUGGCCAACGGCUCCCGCGGCAGUGGAGACAUCCUGGAGCGGGUCAGCCAGGUGCCCACUUACCCGGAUGUGAAGGUGGCAAGGACUCUGCCCGUGGCACAGGCCUACCAGGACAACAUGUACCGCCAGCUCUCGCGUGACUCCCGGACCCAAGGCCCCACCUCCCCCAUCAAACCAAAGAGACCAUUUGUGGAGUCGAAUGUGUGAUGGUCUGUCUGUGAUUGGUUGGUUGGACUGGGCUUGUUAGUGGGAGUGAGAGGAGAAAAUAUAUAUAGCUCAACAGCAGAUGCUGCUGACCUUUGUGUAUGUGACAUGGACGAACUCACCUUCAAGAACUCACAAGAGACCGAUCCAUUCAGAGAGAAAACCACACAGCCGGCACACACACACAUUUAGGGUAUUAGACAUUAUCUUAUAUGAAAACAUAACUAACAGUGAGAAACAAUUAUUUCAUUAUCAUAUUCUGCACACAGGUAGGAUAACAGAAGGGUCCUAAGUUCUGAUCUCAUACUGAAUCAAAGACCAGUGCACUUCCAAAAUGUUGUGUGGCACAAAGUUCCCACAGGUUAACACAACAGGUGGGACUGUAAGAGUGAAAGUACUAAUCAUCGGACUCUACUUGUGGACUCUGUAUCCAUCUUCUGUUCUUUCAAAGUGUGCUCUUAACCAAGGUUGCUAGUAGGCUCUAUUCUAUGUAAUACAAUAUUAUAUGUUCAAUACUGUACAUUGCUCAGAAAAUACAAAUGGCUCAACAACUCAGUACUUAGAGAAAAAUGACAAUAUUUAUAAUUAAGUUAUAUAUUGUACAUAGAAAUAAAACAAAACAUAGUUUGCGUUUGAAUUGUAUUCUGUUAACCCUGCCUUUGUGUCCCACUGUUAGUCAUAUGGAUGUGGAAAAACCGAUCCAGGGUAAGGGAUGAGGGACAUUGACCAACUUUGAAUGAUAUAAUUGCCUCUAUUGUGUCAAAAUAAAAAUAUUUUGUUGUGGUUUAAUGGAAGAAAAUGCUUUCUAUGCUACAAUAGGUCCUGAAUUAUCUGAACUAAGGCUGCAUAUAACAAUGAAUAUCUUUAUCAAUUAAUCUGCAGAUUAUUGUUUGAUAGUUUUUUUUCCCUAUCAACCAACCUUCAAGACCAAGAUGCAGUCUUUAAAUUUCUUGUUUUUCAGACCAACAAUUUGAAAGUUAUUCAGUUUACCAUUAUAUAAAAACAGAGAAAAGCUGCAAAUCCUCACACUGGAGAGGCUAGAACCAGAGAAUGUUUGACAUUUUUGCUUGAAAAAAAUGACUGCAAUGAUUAAUUGAUUAUCAAAAUAGUUGCCCAGUAAUUCAGUCAAUUAAUGGACAAAAGUCAAGCUUUAAGCUGGUAUUCAAAUGUUGGUGUCAGAGCGAAUAUCCAGACAUUUCAAAUGGUCCCUAUUUCUAUUUUUGUAUCCCUUUUUGUUCAUGUUUGAAACCAGAAACUUCACCUCAUUUCUGAGGUUCAAAUAUGUCCAUUAUAAUUUUCUAUUUUUUAAAUUUCUUUUUGUAUCAUUACGGUGUCACAGAUCUCAUGAUAUGCCUUAGUGUGACGUUAAACCAACUGUCAUGGCUGCAGUCUGACAUACUGGACCAGCGUCCUGUCAAUAGACAGCUUUGAAUACUUGCUUAACCCUCUGCUUAUCAAUUACUAUAGUUUUAUACAAGCUUAUAUGAUUGUUUUGCUGAAUUAAUUCAACUUGUUUUGAGGACAGAUUGCUGUAUUAGACAAAAAAAAAAAAAAAAGAUGUUGAGUGCAAUACAUUGGUUUCUAGGGAUUUUAAAAUCAUCUUUUAACUGACUGAUGCUGGUCAAAUGAUGAAUAGAAAAUCCUGCCGUAGGUGAUUUUAUCAUACGGCACGAGUAUCAAAGUUCGCCUUUGUCCCUCCUCCGAACGCAAUGACGCUGUAUGUUCCUGAGAGAGAGUAGAACGUACAGUACAUAUGCUAGUGAUGGGUUAGCAUGGAUAGUGCUCAGCGAUUAAAAGCAAGCAAAUGCAUACACAACCACUGUUACAGACGUUUCCCUUUCUCCUGCAUUACUUUGUGUCGUUUCUUUUUACCCACAAUGCAUUUUUAUUCUGCCACUUCUGCACUAAAAAUGCCUGUUAAGUUCUUAACUAAGGGUGCACUUUAUGUAUUUUACUUACUUUGUUGUUAUGAUUGUUGAAUUUGGAGAAAGUGGGUGUGUGAUCAGUCAGACCUCUGACCAGUGAUACAAGACUAUCAUAGACACUAUUAUUAUAUGAUUUACAAAGCAGUGAUGAAUGACAAUAUGAAGAGCAAACAAUGUUUUUAAACUGGUGAAGAUGUAUAGACUUUCUAGCACAAGUUGUAUAUACCGACUCAGAUAUUUCAGUCCAGCUCGGGUUCGAUAGUAGAGCAAGUCUGUUUAAAGGCCUAUCAUAUUUAAGUAUUCCACAUCCUAAAAAAUAUCCAUUACAGUCCAAUAACUCUGAAGUAGCCAGUCUAAUUAACUGGUCUUGCACACAUCUUGAAAUUAAGUCAAAUCUACUGCAAAAAAAAAAAAAAAAAGGAAUGAUCGAGGUUUCAAUACCCAGAAACUCCAUAUUUGGAGUUUGGGUGACGGAGAAAGUGGAAUAAUGAGAAUAUUCAAGUUAUUUGUAUAUGUAGGAAAAGUUAUAGACCAUUUGUCUGUAACAUUUUAUUUUGGUUCUCUGAUAAAGAAUAUCUAAAGAGAGACAGACCUCCUGACUGUCUCCUGUCCAUUCUCAGUUUCACCCGCUAACAGAGAGAUGCCCUACUUAUCUUUACAGAAAUGAAGGUAUAAACUGUAUUAUACUUAAUUUAAACGAGACUUCUAACUUGAGGAUAUUUGAGGGUGUAUGGUUUCAAGCUGUCUGUGUAUAUUAGUUUGCUGUAAAUAGUCUGAUGCAUGUUCUAUUCUUUCCAUGAGCUCAAGCAGAAACAUGUAUAGCAGUGUUCUGACCUCUGGUGUGUGAUACAAUGUUCGGAUCAAGAUAAGGAGACUGCUAUCCCUGAACUAUCCUUAUCAUUUUCCUUCAAACUCACCAGACAAAAGCGAAAAAGGUUCUUUUAUUUUAUUUUAAUGUAUUUGCUUGCUGAGCAGAGUUCUCUUGUCUGUAAAUGUGAGCUUUCAGAUCGCUGUGAUAAAAAGUUUAAUUAAAAACAAUAAAAAAGAAUGUGUUUUUA